GCCAAUCUUUUUUUCCUUAAUAUAUAAUUUUCCAUAUUGUUUAUGUGUUCAACCAUCUUUUUCCUAACACAUUUUCUUUUGCAACAACGUUGUUUUUGAUUCAUAGUUUCAUACCCAGAAGACAGUAAUGGCAGAAAUCGCCAGUAACAGAAUGAGCAAUGAGUUUGGUUGUGGUUUCAUGAGUGGGAUUUUCAACCGUUGGAGCCAUUGGUCCAAAAAAUCCCCUGCUGUUCAUUCACUGCCAAGCUCUGAAAAACCCAACAAGCCUUCUCACACUCAGACUAAUCAUGUCUCCCAGAAAAAAAGAAGCACCACCUCAGCAGAGCCCGCCAUUGAAGAAAACUCGAUCUCAGUUAAACCUGUCAUGAAACUAGACCAAAAACCCACUAGGAAUUCAGUCUCAGAUCACCCCAGAACAUCGGUUUCACUGAGAAAAAUUCGAUGGAGGGGACUCUCAGACGCUGCCAGAAGCUCAACUUCUUCAUCCAAAUCCAAUGGUUCAGGAGAAGAGAGAAAGCUGAGAAGAGAAUCUACGGCUAAUGCUCUCGAACUCGCUCGAGUUAUCACUGAAAACCGGCCAGUCGACCAUACAAAAGCUCUUUCCAAAACAAGUACCAGUAAUAGUGCCAUUGUGUUGGGACAUUUGGGUAACUUGAAGCAACCGGUGAGUAAGAACUUGGUUGCUAGUAAUAAUACUACUCCAAGUUCUACGUCUAGAACUAUUUUGGCACUUUCUAGAAGUCUUCAAGAGAUGAACUAUGCACCUAGCAAAAAUGGCUAUGGAAACAUUGUGAGGAAGAACAGUGAUGAGUUUCGAGGGAUUUCGAAUAAGUUGGAGCCUGAAGUGUUGAAGAGAAUGGGAAAUGAGGCCUACAAGGAAGGAAGAUUUAAAGAUGCUUUGGUUUUGUAUGAUCGAGCCAUUGCUCUGGACUCAAGUAAAGCAGCUUAUCACAGCAACAAAAGUGCUGCUUUGAUUGGCUUAGGGCGACUUAUUGAAGCAGUUGGUGAAAGUAAUGAGGCCAUUAGAAUUGACCCUUCUUAUCAUAGAGCUCAUCAUCGUUUGGCAACAUUGUAUCUCAGAUUGGGACAAGCAGAGAAAGCUUUGUAUCACUACAAACAAUCUGGGCCUUAUACUAACUCAAAAGAUACGGACAAAGCUCAAGCUCUUGAAAAAUGUCUAGUGAGUUGUGACGAAGCUCGUAAACUCCAAAAGUGGAAUACUUUGCUGACCGAGACCCGAUUUGCAAUAUCCUCUGGCGCCAAUUCAGCUCCACUGUUGCUUACUUUACAAGCAGAGGCCUUGUUCAGGCUUCUAAGACAUGAAGAGGCAUACGCCACCUACCAAAAGGGAGCCAAUUUCAGCAUUGAUGUUUGCACCAACUUCUUUGGCAUGGCUUCUAGUGCUUACCGGUUGAUGAUUGGAUCCCAAGUUUACUUGGCUUCUGGCAGGUUUGAUGAUGCUGUAAUGGCAGCUCAAGAAGCAGCAAAGCUAGAUCCAAAUAACAAGGAGAUCAUCACGGCAGUAAAGAGAGCCAGAGCCGUAUCAUCGGCUCGAUCAACCGGCAAUCUUCUCUUCAAGGCAGAAAAUUACUCCCAUGCCUGCGUUGCGUACAGCCAAGGACUAGAACACGAUCCACACAAUUCUGUUUUACUAUGUAACCGGGCAGCUUGUCGCUCUAAGCUCGGCCAAUUUGAAAAGGCCAUUGAAGACUGCACUGCCGCUCUUGUUGUACAGCCUUCUUAUAGCAAGGCCAGGCUACGUAGUGCCGAUUGUAAUGCCAAGUUGGAGAGGUGGGAAGCUGCAAUUCAAGAUUACGAAGUUCUUAUAAGAGAGACGCCAGGGAAUGAGGAAGUUGGGCGAGCUUUGUUUGAGGCCCAAGUCCAGCUCAAAAGACAACAUGGUGAAGACAUCGAGGACAUUCAGUUCGGAUCCAACUUGGUUUCAGUCUCCAGCACUGAACGUUUCAGACACAUUGUAACUUCACCUGGAAUGUCUGUAGUCUUGUUUUGUAACAAAGCAAAACAAAAACGAGUGUUUCAAGCACUGGAACAAGUCUGCAAGAGAUUCCCAUCAGUGAAUUUCCUCAAGGUAGAGGUGGAAGACUACCCUUACUUGGUCAAAACAGAAGGGGUGACCACCAUUCCCACGUUUAAGAUAUACAAAAAUGGUUCAGGGGUUAAGGAAAUUCAAGGCAGCAACCAUGAAUUAUUAGAGAGCUCAGUCAAAUGGUACAGCAGUUGAAAACUUACACUCUCAUACAAAAAUCCCUCAAAUUUUUUAGUAGGCAUAGAUUAAUUAUUUUUAGUGGGCUAUUCUUAGAUGUGGCUUUGGACCUUUCGUUAAUAAGUUUUUCCUUUUUCUUUCUUUAUUUUCUUUUCAUUCUUUUAAUUUAAAAAUGUGAUUGUAUGCGGUCUUAAACUAUAAUUUGAGAAUCUCUGCCCCCAAUUUCUCUGAUAAAAGGUUACAUGACAAGCAAUGUUAACGAACUGUUUACAAUGAAAGGCAGGGGAGAGGUUUGG